AAACUACUCAAUUACUGCUUGAUACCAUCAAAGUAUAUAUAUAUCAUCAAAUCAUAUAUAUAUACUCCGAUGGUAUCAAGGAUGAAGAAGCAGUAGUUCAGUGAAUAGAACAAGGUAGCACACGGGUAAAUAGUUUGGGCCGUGGGUCCAACUCAGAUAAAUAGUUUGGGUUGGAUGUAAUUUAGAUAAAUACUUUGCAUAAUGAGUUCAAUUUGUGUAGUUUUCCCAUUAAUUAAUUAUCGGGUAUAAGAGUCCUUGUUAAAAUUCUAAGUCUAAAUACAAUAACAUAUAAGUUACACGAGAUUUUGUUUAUUUAUAGGUAUGGAUCCUCCACAGAUGACUUUACAUCCGGGUCCAGAAGUGUACGAUGUGCUAACGUUGCAGGAGAAACAUCGAUCGCAAAGUGUGUGGAAUGGGACCUUGACAGGAGAGGAAGCGUGUCUACAUCCACGUCGUGCUGAUCACGAAUUUUGGCAACAUUUGAAGAAUCAUCCUUUGCAUCCCCGCAUUCUUGACUAUUUUGGUAAAUGUGGAUUUAGGGGAGUCGUAGAGGUAGGAUGUGUUCCAUAUGACUGGGGAGUCAUUACUGCACUUAUUGAGAGAUGGCGCCCAGAGACACAUACUUUUCACAUGCGUACAGGUGAGGCAACAAUCACAUUACAGGAUGUCGAGGUCAUGUUUGGCAUGUGCGUAGAUGGUGACCCUUUGUUUCAAACUGGUGCUAGAGAUAUCUCUGUUCAAGGGUGGCAACAGUUGAUCCGCGAGCUUACUGGUUGGACACCUGAUGAGAAUUGCUUUGCUGGUGUUAGCAGGUUGUAUGUAGGUAGUUUAGCUGCGUAUAUGGACGAGUUAGAUGCUAUUACAGACCAGUCCACCGAGGUUAAUGUGCAGGAGAGAGUUAGGUUGUACCUAUUAUGGUUGUGUGGUGGCACAAUAUUCCCUGAUAAGUCUGGUUGUAAACUUAAUUUAGACUAUCUACUUGACAUGCGUGACCUUAGCAAAAUGGGAACACAAGCUUGGGGAGCAUCUGCAUUAUCGUACUUGUACAAUUGUCUAUGUCGUGCUUCAAUGUCCGAGUCUAGCAAUGUAUGUGGAUUUCUGUCUUUGGUGCAGGUCUGGGCUUGGGAGCGACUUAUCCCAAUGCAGCCAUCAUCGCGUCCUCCAAAAGUAGUACAUAUGCCAGGUGUCCCCUUGCCUCUACCUGAGCCACCUACAGCACUUGCACGGAAGUGGACUCGUUGUAGAGUUCGCCAAAAUGAGGUGCGAUGUGUGCUUGCCAUCUGCAGGGAUGUAUUGGACAACCUAACUGAUGGUCAGUUUGUUUGGGAGCCUUAUUCAGAGACAAUCAUUAAUGGGCUCCCCGAGUGGUGUAGGCGUGGCCGAGAUGUUUGGAUGGCACAAGCGCCUUUAAUUUGUGGGAUCUAUCGUGAGUGGCACAUGGUGGAUCGUGUCCUAAGACAGUUUGGUAGGAGGCAACAUAUUCCUGGACCAUGCACUACAUUUAACCACCUUCAUUUCAAACGUGACAAGCGAUUUAGGGUAACACAAGAAGAUAUACAUUAUUUUGAGUUUAUGGCUGCUUUCUGGGCACAUCGCCAAGAUAACAUAAUUCGUGCUGAGCUAUUGAUUGAAGCUUCGAGUUCGAGGCCACAAUCAGAGUACUUUGAUUGGUAUCAACGUCACUCGCGGAUUUUUAUAGGAAAUCCAACUCAUGAUGUGGAUAGAGGAUAUCAGCACAUGGCAGGUAGACAUGAGGCAUUGGCUCGAGGACAUCAAAAGUCGUAUACAUUGGCUCUCAGUGUUGUGAAUGAUCCUACCGCGAUUGAUGCUGAGAAGGCUUUAGCAGAGAAGUUCAGCCGCAUUUCAGUGGAGUCUAUGACUGCUGCUUCCUUAGGGACGAGGUUGAGCUUUGCUCCAGACUAUACACCACCAACUGAAUAUGAGGAACCGCCUAUUGUUCCUAUUCGACGUCGUUUAAGGCAAGCUGUAUCUAGGGAUAAGGCAAGUGGUAGACGACGUCGAGGGGGCUAGUGAAAGGUGAGGACAAAACUUGUACAUCCAUUUCAAAAUAAUGCGAACCUCCUCAUGUGUACGUUGAUCAACACAAUAACAAUCAUGUUGUUGUUCAAUUUGAAAUGAUCCUCCUUGUAAUCAUCUAUGAAACAUGUGUGUUCCUAAAUCAUUUUACCUGC